AUGUCAAACCAAGACGAUGAAUUAGAAUCUGAUGAUUUAAAUUUGGAUGAUCUUCUUGCCAAUUCAAAUGUGAAUGAUUUUCUAAAUCCUCUUGAUUUAAUCACUGCUCUCUUCCUGUGUUCUGGGGUUUUUCAGCAAGAACUGGCUCUAAAAAUGUCCAUGUGUCAGUUCUCUGUUCCUCUGCUGCUUCCUAACUGUGAUACACAGCAGUGCCUCAUGCUGUGGGCCAUGAGAGACAUUGUUAAGAAGUACAGACCUUCAGAUCUUGCAGAAUCAAAAGGCUUCAUGGAAGAAAGAAUAGUUCUUUCUGAACUUCCAAUGAUCUCAUUUGUGAGACUGGGUGAGUGCUCUCUGUCCAAAUCAGAGAUCCUCAAUAAACUUCUGAGUAACUCUGAGCAAUACCAUGACACCUUUGUUCACCGUGACAUGGAGUGUGGAGACAUUGAGAGAAGAAUAUCCAAUGGACUGACUGAACUGACCUGGUACCUUCCCUGUGGAAACAAAAACAUGGACAUCUUCAGUGAACCAGUUGCUAUAGCUAACCUUCGUGGAGACAUUGCUUCAUUUGAAACUCAAUUCUCCUUUUUGUGUCAGACAUCUGCUGCAGUUUUUGUUUUCUUUGACCAGCUGGACUCUGACUGCAAACUGCUGAUGAACAAAAACCACAAAGCAAAGAUUUUUUUAGUAGGAAACCAAAAGAGCAAAAACUUCAGAGUUGAUUCUGUUGAAAAAUUGGCAACAAGUCUGGCUUUGACAAACAAAAACAUUCUAAUAAAGACAAAACAAACAAAUGAUGCAGAUUUUGUUAACUACUGA